AUGCCGAGCUGACUCUUGGCGCUGCUGCUGCUGCUGUUUGUCUCUCUGCGUAGGGAGGAGCGCCAAGCAGCAGCAGCAGCAGCAGCAGCAGCAGAAGGGUGGGAUUUUGUGCAAGCAGGAGAGCCCCCCCUCCUACCCCAAGUUCCUCUUCAGGACUUGGCGCCCUGGAAUGAAGCACAGAUCCCCUGCUGGAGAGCAGGACGGUGGAGACAAGAUCUCGGAAAGGGUUGGGGUUCUCACCCCAGGAGCUCUGUCCUCCCCCACACCCCAUGUGCGCUGCUGCUCCCCAAGAAACUCCGGGCUGCGCUGCUUCCUGCUCCCGAAAGAUUCAGCAUGGAGAUUCAUGCUUGUUGGCUGGUGCAACUUUUCCUCUUUGUGCUUUGGGUUAAUGGUCUAAUGACAAUUGGAUUGGCAGGUGCACAACAAGGAAUUGUCUGCAAUGAAUCCCUCAUGUUACAAAAUUUGCCCAUGUGUGGAAAAUCCUUUGAAGAGAUGAUGCAGAAGGUGGACUCUCAAAAAUGGUGCAACCUAACAGAAUUUAUCCUGUAUUACAACAACUUUACCCUAUGUACAGAACACAAGGCUGUGACAGCACAGUGCUUUUGGCCUAAUCCACUUGCUGAGGGCUUCAUCACUGGAAUCCACAGACAAUUCUUUUCAAACUGUACUUCAGAAAAAGUGCAUUGGGAAGAUCCACCGGAUAAAAUUCUGAUCACCCUGAUUUUCAUACCAGUAAUCCUGACUGUUGCCAUGAUUGGACUAGUUGUAUGGUGCAGUAAGAGAAGUGACAUUUUGGUGUAACUUGGCCUUUAUCACCAUUCUUUAUUCUAUUGCUUUAUUAUUGUUAUUUCCUUUCUUUUGUUGAGACUGACUUUCAGAAAAGAAUGAUACAUUUUAUACAUCUAAGGGUUCUAAGCUGUGUCAAGCAAUAAAGGGUACAAUAUUUCAUUAGCCA